AUGCCAAUCGAUGACCCAAGUUUGAUCGGAGUUGCCGACAAGCCAGGCUCAGACAGCAUGGAUGGUAUCGAGAACAGCCAGGACAGCGGCAAGAGCAACAGUGACGCCAACGGGACUCGUGAAAGUUCCGCUGCAUCGCUACACCACGACGAGUCGCACUGUAGCGAACUAUGGCCAGAACGGUAUGGCUGGGAGGCUACCAAGCGCUUCGACAACCACAUUGACUGUGGGUUCCACAUGGGUCUGGAUCUCGAACGCCGGAGCUUCAGCAUCGUGGCUAACUGGUACCUCCACUUGUAUCAAGGCCAAGGCGGCGUCUUCGAGCUUCCAGUCGAGAAGAUGUGCUACGACGGGGAACGACGUUUCAUAGACGCUGUUGGGUCCGCUGGCUCCCACAUAGCAGCCAGCAUCCACCUUCAGGAUCGCGAUAGAGGCAAAAAGAUAUGGUCGGUGACUGAGGAGCAGGGAACCGACCUUGAAACAUACAUCCACAAGAAGCUCAGCGAAGACGAAAGGUUGGUGGAGCUUGUCCGCUCAGAGAAGUACCAGCGGUCUGUAAAGAAGGCAGUAUGUUGUUGUCCGCACCCGGAUCGUAAAGGCAGAAAGUCUUUUGGCAGGCAUAUCAUUGACGCCAUUGAGAAUUUCUUUGACCUAAAGGGUGUGAAGGUGCAGGCUGCCCAUGGACUUGUAGUCGAGCAUAGGAGCCCGCCGGAAGCUUUCCUCUGCCGGUACCGGUGGGAAGAGGAAGACGACUUUGAUGCCCGUGACGAGAUGUGGCGUUCCUCGGACGAUGAAAGUAUCGGAGAAAGGAAUGUCAACGAGGAAGGUGGAGAGCAAGCCAACGCCGGGUCCAGUAACGAGAUGCGGCCCUCCUCUGGCAAUGGGAGUAGCGGAGAACGCAAUGCCAACGACAGGAGCGGACAGGUUGCCAACAUCGGGCUCAGUAACGAAAUGCGGCCUUCUUCUGGUGCUGGAGAAAGACGAGAAACGGAUGCCGACGACAAUGGCGAUCAGUCGGAGAACAACAAUGGCAGAGCUUCAGAGGGCGACGGCGGCGCUAGAGUUCCCGGGCUGGAAGAGAUUGACAGACCGCGCAAGGACAUGGACGAAAAUGCUGCCGGUGCUGAAACGCAAAGCAGCAACGAUGGGACACCGCAAGAGCUGUGGCCAGCCGACUAUGGCUGGGAGGGAGUGAAGCGGGUAGUGGGAUGGGAAACGAAGGAGUUUGGGAGGCCCGUGAACGGCGAGUGGAAUCUUGUGUGGCGUAAGGAUGGGGGUGGAUGGCGCAGUGGUCCCGAUAGGCUUCAUGUCGAGCUGGAAUGCUUAGAAGAGACUUGA